AUGGGAGGCCUGACGAUGCACAACCGCCCAUGUCGUCGUCACCGCAUCUUCGGCGAGAUGGAAGGAGCAAGACACACGGGCACGCCGAGCGGGAGGAUUCACGACACUACAGGGGGACAGUGCUGGGCCCCCGGGAACGCCGGAACCCGCCCGUGGCCCCCCCAGGAGAGCCGGCCUCGCCCGAGAUUUGACGAUAUGAAGCCGCAGCGGCAUGUCGUGAUUGGGCAGACUACGAAGCCUGUUUGGUUCCGCCCGACGAAGGACUCCAUCACCGUCCCAUCCGGCCCCCCCGAAACUCGGACCGUCAAUCUCCUCUCCCGGAACUCUGGUCGUGACACAGUAAUUAGCGCCGGCUCGUCAGACAGGAAGGGCAUGUCUGCCGCAAAAGGAAGGAGGCCCGCCGCCGCCCCCCGGGGAGCCCCUCUCACACACACACACACACACCUCGACCGCCGCGAAACCUCCCCUCACCGCGCCCAUCCAUGUCUCGUCGAGGGCCGUUACGUCGACAAGCGUCACACUCCACCUCGCCCUCAGGAUCCGCUGGAGAAGGGUGCCUGCUGCUCGCACUAG